UCAUUGGCGUUGGUGCUGCCGGGUGCGGAUGUUAGGUAGCUACGAUGUUUAUAUUCACAACAUCAUCGUACAUUUUGAUGUGAACAGAUGUUUGUGAAAAGAAGUGUCGACAUCUGUAAUUGUGGUGCCAGAAGAAACAAUUCACAUUUGUGUAAUUCUUAUUUAAAGUGGUGAGCGCUGCUAGCCUAACUGAAACCCGAGCAGAGGGACUGGCUAGUGACCAGCUGGUGACACUGGGCCAUCUAAAGUCUAAUGCAGUGAGCGUUGUCAGCCUUCUCGCGGGCAUGCUGGUUCCAGGCUGAGGCUCUGUAAUGGUGGGAGACAGCGGUGUCUGUAAACAACCGACAUUAACGAUAUUUAGAAACGACUAGUGUCUGCUCAGAGUAGCGACAUGAACACACAUCUCGGAAGGAAUGGUUUGAUCGGGCUUGCUGUUGGAGCUACUGCCAGUUUGGGUUUGAUUGCAUUCAUAAUUUACAGAGAGGUCAGUAAGAGAAGAUUCCAGAGACCGGUGAUGGAGGCCCUUCCAUCCCGCCGACUGUUUGACGGGCCUGGAUCAGAGCUGCUGCAGGAGACACUUGAAGCCCAGGGUGGGUUACCUGGAACUGGGAUGCACAUAAGGCAGGAACCUAACAUGUCUUAUGAGGAGAAGACUCAGCAGCAGGCUCUGGCAGCGGUGGAAGCAGUGGUACGGAGUUUGUCCCCAGAGCAACAACUAGAGCUCAGGAACCAGCUGGACCAGGUGCUCAGCUGCGUUGAUUCACUGCGCUCAGAAGUGGCUGAGCUGAGGGGCGGCCUGCAGGACAUCGCCGUGCAAAUCAUCCAGGAUGUCAAAAAGGGAGUGGAGGACAGUCAGCGAGUACGCAGGCGCCGUCAUGUUGUCAACAGAGACCGCAAUGAUUCCACCAGUUCCAGCUCCAUCUAUUUCACUGCCAGCCAGGGCAUGGCCAGUGCAUAUGAAGAGACCAGCGAAGGAGGUUACUCCACAGCAUAUGCUGAGUCAGACUACACAGACCGGGACACAGACAGAGAGGAGCAGGAGCCUGAGCAGGAGCCUGAGCAGGAGUCUGAUGAGGAUGAAGACGGGAGCUGUGCCACAGUCAUCACGCUCCGCCAGGAAGACUCCCCAGAAGAGGAGGUGGAUGAAAGUAGAGAGCUGGAGGAGGAGGAAGAUGAUCAGGGCAGGCCAAAGCUGGCGACUGAAGUUCCCAGUGGGGAGCUUGCUCUCCUUCUGGCUCAGAGUGACAUCCUCCACACAGGAGAUGCCAGUUUAAAGGCAGAGGGCUUUCGACUCCUGCUGGACAACAGAGCAGAGUAUGGAGACAACAGGGAGUUUCUAUGGAGACUGGCUCGGGCAUACAUUGAUGUGUAUGAGUCCACUGAGGACAAACAAAAGAAGAUGAUAUAUGCACAACAAGGUCGUAUGGAGGCAGAGCUGGCCCUGAAGAAGAAUGGCCUGAACGCUGAGUGUCACAAAUGGUUUGCUGUGCUGACAGGACUCUGCUCCCAGUAUGAGGGCAUGCAUGGCAAGCUGAAGAGCAGCCUCUUACUCAAAGAGCAUCUGGAACGUGCCAUCUUCCUCAGAGAUGAUGACCCCAUGUGUUUCUACCUGCUGGGUAGAUGGAGCUAUGAGGUAGCCACCCUGGACUGGUUUGAGCGGAAGGCGGCUGCUGCCCUCUACCACAGCCCCCCCUACUCUACACUGCAUGACGCCCUUGAGAACUUCCUCAAGGCAGAGGAACUCAGUCCAGGUUUCUCCAAGGCCGUGAGACUUUACAUUGCAAAGUGUCACAAGGAACUGGGAAACAUAUCGGAGGCCACAAACUGGACCGAGCUGGCUCUGAACAUGACCACGAACAGUGACAAUGAUGAAGAAACAUCCAAACUGGAAGCUCAACUUGUGGUCUUAACUGACAGAGCAACUUGAACAAUUAAUUUAGACUGAGGUCUACCAGAUGGAGCCUGGCUAGUCCGGCCAUCCAUCUGUGAUCGAUCAGUCCGGUGGGCUUUACACAAGGCACAUUAUAUCCCGUCAUUGGUUGAUAGCUUUGUUAUGCUGUCACUGUGGACUUAUAAAGUUUUUUGAUGUUGAUUUAUUUUUCUGCUGACUUUAUUAUGCUUCAUUGAGUCAGUAUUUAGUGAUUCAUAGUCAUGCAGAUAUCUCAAGGACCAGACAAAUUAAUCCAUUUGCACGGCUAGAUACCAGAGGUAAGGUCAUUUUAUUAUUAUUGUUCGUCAGCUACAUUCAAUUCAGUGUCAUAAUGACACAGUGGAAGAUUUCCACUAGUCAAACACUACAGUUUUCCACUACAAACAGAAUAUUUAGUGAUAUGCGAUGAUAAAAUUAAUUGGAGGUAGAAGUUUUUAACUGAGUAGUCUGGUUGUAUCCACAUUUUUUUUUACAUGAUUCCCUGAAGUGAAAGUACAGGUGCAGUAUUUAAUUGAGUCAUCAGUUUAUCAACUAACAUCACUUUAAUAGUACUGUGUUUUGUAUUCCCUGGAAUUUACACUUUUGAAAUACAUUUAAGUUAACAGGGGAUAUCAGAAGUGAUCCUUUUCACAGUUAAAGAAUGAAAAAUGUGGCAUGCAAUUCGGUGACACAGUGAUUGCAUUUAAUAAACUUCUGUUUUCACA